AUGGAAGGACCGAAAAUCGAGUUACAAAAACAGGAAUUAAUGAAACAAAUCGAUGAAUGGGAACGCGAAUCGAUCGAAAAGAUCCAUCAAGUGGCAAAUGAAGUUCGUCAUAAACUCUCAUUGCGUGUGAACAAAUUUGCCACCGAUCUCAAUUUUGAAUUCAAAGAAUUAACAAAAAGUCUCAUCCAAUGUCGCAAAGAGGAAGAUUUUAUUGAAACACGCAUUGAUUUCUUCAAUGAAGAACUCAAGAAAUUACAAGACACUUUCAACAAUCCAUGGAAUUUCAAAAUUGAACACUAUUCAACAUGCUUCAUCAAUAAAAUUCAUCUUGUCACGGAAACAUCAUUAUUACGCAGUGCAAUUCUGAAUGCCGAUGCAAAAUGGAUACAGAAUGGUGCUACUGUGGCUGGAGGAAAUGGAGCCGGUAGUGACAUGGAUCAACUUAGUGCUCCAAAUGGUUUGUGUGUUGAUAAUGACCAAAUUAUUUACAUUGCUGAAUGCCCAAAUCAUCGUAUUGCGGAAUGGACAUGUGGUGCAACGACUGGUCGAGUUGUGGCUGGUGGAAAUGGAAAAGGAAACCGUUCUGAUCAGUUGAGUGGCCCUGCAGAUGUGAUCAUUGAUAAAGAAAGAGAUAGCCUCAUCAUUUGUGAUUACCACAGUAAGAGAGUUGUUCGAUGGCCUCGACAGAAUGACAUAACUGGAGAAACGAUUAUCUCAAAUGUUGGAUGCUGGGGUUUGACAAUGGACGAUGAUGGAUUUCUUUAUGUUGUCGACUAUGAUAAUCAUGAAGUGAGACGAUAUCGAAUGGGAGAAAGUCAAGGAACAGUAGUUGCAGGUGGAAAUGGACAAGGAAAUCGUCUCGAUCAAUUGAAUCAACCGACAUACGUAUUCGUCGAUUACGAUCAUUCAGUGUACGUAUCAGACUGCGAAAACCAUCGCGUGAUGAAGUGGAUGGAAGGUGCGAAACAAGGUAUUGUUGUGGCUGGUGGUCGAGGUCAAGGAAAUUGUCUUACUCAAUUAUCAAAUCCUCGUGGCAUUAUCGUAGAUCAAUUAGGUACUGUGUACAUUGCUGAUCAUAAGAACCAUCGAAUUGUCCGUUGGCCUCAAGCAGCUACACAGGGAAAUAUUAUUGUUGGCGGAAAUGGUGAAGAAAAUGAUUCAAAUCAACUUAGUACUCCCAUCGGAUUGUCAUUUGAUCAGGAGGGGAUCCCUAAUAUUCCAGUCAAAGUUCGAUGGGCAAAGAAUGGAGUGACUGUUGCUGAAGAUCAUGAAGCAGGCAAUGCCACCAAUCAACUCGAUCGCCCUUUCGGUCUCUUCGAUGAAGAUGAUGGAACGAUAUUCAUCGCUGACCAUUGGAAUGAUCGGAUCGUUCAAUGGAAAGUAGGUGAUACGAAUGGUCAAGUGGUAGCUGGUGGUUUCGGGGGAGGAAAUCCAUUGAAUGGUCCAACCGAUGUGUUGAUCAAUAAAGAGACGGAUAGUCUCACUAUUUGUGACUGGGAAAAUCGACGAGUCCUACGAUGGUCUCGUCGUAGUGGCACAAUUCAAGGAGAAAACCUCAUCAAGAGAAUUGAUUGUUAUGGAUUGACUAUAGAUGAUCAGAGAUAUCUCUACAUCUCUGACAUUGAAAAACAUGAAGUAAGACGAUUUCAAAUAGGAGAAAAGAAUGGAACUCUCGUUGCUGGUGGCAAUGACAAAGGUGCUGAUCUCAAUCAACUCAAUCGAUCGACCUUCCUCUUUGUCGAUGGACAACAGGCUGUCUACGUGUCAGACACCUACAAUCACCGUGUGAUGAAAUAA